GGUUGUCUGGCCUGGUGGGUAGGAAAGCGCAUGCGUGCCAAGCCGAUGGCAAAGCUGCCCCCCUGUCGUCUUGAGGGAGGGGAGGGAGGGGGGCGUCUGCUUGGUGGUUGGAUAUUUCUUGGCAUUGGAUAUGUCUUGCUCCAAACGGCAAUCGGACACCUGUUGACUUCCUUGCGUCUUUCUGUUGUGAAGGAUGAAGACCGGGGGAUACAACACUAUAGCCGCGCAAAUCCUCUGCCAUUUUAACGUAACAGAUCUUUAGCGGCCAGUUAGGCUACCUCGAGGUUGGGAUGAAGCUUUGACAUUCCCAUCUCUACAUAACUUGCUUGACUCGGCUGAUUCAAGCUGGCCUGGCGUAGAUGCAGUAUGUCAUUCAACCGGUGGCUUUGACGAUAGCGGGAAUCGAUAUUAACCCGGAGAAUAAAUAAAUCAAUUCAACCUCCUCAGCACGUCCAGGUUCGUCAGCUUCGGCAAUGCAAGGCCGGGAGUUGCCAAGUCACCUCGUCCCACUGAUCUGAUAUUGCGGGGUAGUUCCCCGCCAUCAAGUUAGCGUCCUGAACUCACGAUGCUGACAUGCAGCGUUUCUGCUUGAGAGAUAGAUGCUUUGUUUUGAUUAUGAGCCGGCUGACAAGACAAUCAUAUUGUAAAGGCUCUCACCUAGGUUAAUACCAUGUGGCUCAGGGGCGAGCUCUUUGUGCAAGCCCGAAUCCGAGGCACAGUAACGAAUCAUACGGCGCUCAGAUAUCAGACCUUGAACACCGAUAGAAACCUCACUCAAGGCAACAGAGAUAUUUGAUGACAAUAGAUUGAACAACGAAUCAACUCACUGGAUCAUUCGAGAACUGCCGUAAACCCUCAGUUGUUCAAGACGAUGAUCAGGGUCCAGCUCCUGCAUCUAGAAACGGAACUGAUCGUCCGCCCACCUCCACAACCAAACUCAAGAACAACCAAGGAAAGCUUGUGCCGACACAACCGGGCCGUUCUCAACAUCACCCGCAAAAAUAUGCCAUCACAAACAACCAGAGAAUUAAAUAUCAAAUCAGGGCUCCAAAAGCACUGCAUCAAGUUGGGGGGUAUCUAACACUCAAAAGAAACCUCUUUCAGAAACCUUUCCCUUAAAAAAACCAUGGAUCCCUCGUAGCGAUGCCCGGAAUCUACCCCGUUCCCAAAUUCGCCUAUGAACAUCUGCCCAUGUUGUCCGAGACUUCCAGUCCCAUCCUCUAAUCCAACCUGGCGCCUACCUAGCCCAUCUGUGCAUUCCGCCUCCGGCUCUUCAUCCUCCUCGUCUUCCUCCAUCAAACGCAUCCACCAAGACCCUCAUUCCACCAAAAAAAAAAAAAAAAAAAACUCCCCUUUCUCGAUCCCCCAUCUCACGCUUCAAGAGCCGGAAACGUCUCUUUUCCUCGAUCGAGAUCCACAUUCGCUUGCGCCAAUCCUCGAUCGGAUUGCCACGCUUGGCAACUCUGACCUCGGGGGGUUCCCAAACCCCAGGAGUAUAGGUAUGAGGACUUUGCACCUGGGGCCUCUCUUGCUUAGGGAUAUCCUCCAUGUCAUUGUCCGAGUCACUCUCGGUGUCGCUUUCCACGCGUCUCCCUUCUCUGGUGACGAGUCCAGCGGUGGCUGUCUGAGUGGGAGGAGUGGAGGCCAUUGUCUGAUUGGGAGAGGGGUUCUAAUCCAUCUCCGGCUUGAUCUCAGUGUCGGUCGACUUGUCCGGCUCAUCCUCCUUCUGAUCCUCUUUGGUAUCCUCCUCCUUGACAUUCCCCUCGUCAUCACCCCCAGCUUGACUCCCACCACCCUCCUUCAGCACACCACCCUUCCGCUUCGGGAUCACCUCCAAAAAGGCCUGCCCCCAGUCACCACACUGCAGCCACUUCCCCAUAAUCUCCACCACCUGGUUCGUCGUCAAGACAAACCGGCUCUGCAUGGCCAUGAAAUCCCCGAUCGGCAACUUCGCAUGGCGAACCUUGUGUUCUUGCGCUCUCUUGUAGCAAAGACCCUUCUCCCUGUUGCGAUCGACCAACCCUCCAAUGAUGUACGCGGUCCCUGGUUCGAGUCUGUCAAGGGUAUACGGCGAGUCGGAAGUGAGGUAGACAAUGUUCUUGUGGACACUGUCCUCCUCGACAUCCUCGGUCGACUUGUUAUCAAACUUCUCAUCGAGACUCAUGUGAGGGACGUUGCCCGUCUCCUUCGAAGCGACGUGAUCGGGAAGGUUGUACGCGGUAUAAGGCUGAAUAAACUCGUCGAUAGCUUGCUGGGCGCAGUCGACAAAGUUGUUUUCGGUAAUGAUCACAUUCUUCCAGUUGAGGUGGGUGUUCUUGAGCUUUGUCUCAAAUCUUUCCUUGAGCUUGCCCCCAAACCCGCUGAGUGACAGAUGGGCUUGGUUUUUCUCCUUGCGGUUCAUUGCGUACGAUCUGGUGAGCUGGCUCGACAGGGAAAUCAGUUCUCCUUCGCGCAUGUAUUGCUCGAAGUCGCAGUCGAUGACAACGGAGAUGGGGAGGAAGUUGGGUUCGAGAGGCUUCUUGGUGGGAAUGAAGGCCAUUGGGUCGAGUCCUUUCUCGACAGCUUUAGCCAUCAACUCCUCCUUCUCUUCUCGACGCUGGGCUUGCUUCUCGUGGCGCUUAUCUUUGCGCUUCUGUUUGCGCUGCUCGGCGUAGGCUUCAUAGGCGGCUUGUUUGCGCAACUUCUUGAGCUCGCGCUUGGAGGGACCAGGCUUGACCUCUUCGGUGGAAGGGGUUUCGGUCGAAGCCGGAGUCUGCCCAGCUUGCUCGGCCGGGAUCAUGUUGGUAUCGAUGGCAGCCUCGGAGGGGUUGGCUGGCUGCUCGUCGUUGUUGACAGAGGGUGUGUUCUUCUUGAUGGUUCUGUUAUCGAGCUCGCUGACAUCGGUGUCGGCCUUGCGCUUGCCAUUGGCAGUUGAGAGGUUAUUGGAGUCGCUGGUGGUGGCCAGAGAGUCGGUCAUCUCAACGUCCGGUGCGACGGUUUGCGGAUCGGUUACGGUAGCCAUGUCGCUUGUUACGGGUGGUAGCUUGACGGGAGGUUUGUAGCAAAGGGAAACGUAAAGAUGGCAGGUGGAAUUCCGAGAAAAGAGGAUGUGAGAACUGGAUAAGACGGUGCUUAUAUAGUGGUGGAAGGGGAAAAAACAAGAGAAGUGAACAAUGGCAAGUAAUAUUCACUUGGUCUGCAAUUGUCAAUUCACUUGAGCUGCUCCCGGAGGUGGGGUGGUGACCGGAGCUUUAAUUUUUUAGCGCAGGACAGUGGCAGAAUUACCCCACCACAAGCUGGGGUUACCGGGCGGUGAAGGCUUAGUUGGUUGGCUGGACAGCGCGCUGAGGCGCGUCUUCUUUAAUUGAGUCGCGUCUCCCAUGACCAGGGGGUGGGCAAGUCACCUAAAUUGACAAUCCCGACAUUUUGGUUCCCCAUCCAUCUCAACUUCGGGAUGUCAUCAAAACCUGUACAACUUUGAGAGUGUACAGAACCAAACCACAGCCACAGCCAACAUGUCUUCCAGACCAGAGCUCAAGGUCGAUGAUGAGCACGGCUUCAUCCGAUACUACAAGUCCCUUCCCAAGGUCGACGAGGACGUGAUUCGCAUAUUCGAUCGAGGUGACUGGUACACUGCACACGGAGAAGAUGCCAAUUUCAUCGCGCGCACUGUCUACAAGACCACCUCGGUUGUCAGACAACUGGGCAAAAAUGACCACACCGGCCUGCCAUCAGUCACCAUGACUGUCACCGUCUUCAGGCAGUUCCUUCGGGAAGCGUUAUACAAGCUGGGAAAGAGAAUUGAGAUUUAUGCCAGCCCCAACGGCCGCAUGAACUGGAAGAUUGUGAAGCAAGCCUCGCCAGGCAACCUGCAAGAUGUCGAGGACGAACUUGGAGGGCAGUUCGAGGGAGCGCCAGUGAUCUUGGCCGUCAAAAUCACAGCCAAGGCAUCAGAAGGCAGGACGGUUGGCGUGUGCUUUGCCGAUGCCAGCGUAAGAGAGCUCGGUGUCAGCGAGUUUCUCGACAACGAUCUGUACUCCAACUUUGAGUCUCUGGUCAUUCAACUCGGCGUCAAGGAGUGCCUCAUGCAGAUUGACAAGGCAGAGAAAAACAAGGAUCCAGAGCUGGCAAAGCUGAGACAAAUCCUCGACAGCUGUGGCAUUUCCGUUUCGGAGAGACCAGCAGGCGAGUUUAGCACCAAGGACAUUGAACAAGAUCUGGCAAGGCUGCUGAAGGACGAGCGGUCUGCCACGUUACUCCCACAGACCGACUUGAAACUUGCUAUGGGCUCAGCAGCUGCUCUGAUCAAGUAUCUUGGUGUUUUACACGACCCUUCCAACUUUGGACAAUAUCAGCUCUACCAGCACGACCUUGCCCAGUUCAUGAAGCUUGAUGCCGCCGCGCUCAAAGCCCUCAACCUCAUGCCCGGUGCCAGGGAUGGUGCCAAGACCAUGAGUCUGUAUGGUCUCUUGAACCACUGCAAGACUCCCGUUGGUAGCAGGCUGUUGUCUCAAUGGUUGAAGCAGCCCCUGAUGGACAAGGCUGAGAUUGAGAAGCGUCAGCAGCUUGUCGAGGUGUUUGUCAACGACACUGAGCUUCGACAGACUAUGCAGGAGGAGCACCUCAGGUCUAUCCCUGACUUGUACAGGCUAUCCAAGCGCUUUCAGCGGAAGAAGGCAACCCUCGAAGAUGUCGUCAGAGCUUACCAGGUCGUCAUCCGCCUGCCCGGCUUCCUAGGCACACUCGAGGGAGUGAUGGACGAAGCUGCCCGUGACCCCCUCGAUGAGGCUUACACCAACAAACUCCGCGAGCUCUCCAACAGUCUAGUCAAACUCCAAGAAAUGGUCGAAACCACCGUCGACCUCGACGCCCUCGAAAACCACGAGUUCAUCAUCAAACCCGACUUCGACGACGGCCUCCGCAUCAUCCGCAAGCGCCUCGACAAGCUCCGCUCAGACAUGGACAAGGAAUUCUCCGAAGCAGCCAACGACCUCGACCAAGAGCGUGACAAGAAGAUCUUUCUCGAGAACCACAAAGUCCACGGCUGGUGCAUGCGCCUGACCCGGACAGAAGCAAGCUGCAUCCGCAACAAGUCCCGCUAUCAGGAAUGCUCAACCCAGAAGAAUGGAGUCUACUUCACCACCAAAACCCUCCAAGCCUACCGCCGGGAAUUCGACCAGCUCUCCCAAAACUACAACAGAACCCAAUCCGGUCUCGUCAACGAAGUUGUCGGCGUAGCAGCCUCGUACUGCCCCGUUCUCGAAAAGCUAGGCGGCGUCCUCGCCCAUCUGGACGUGAUCGUCUCCCUCGCCCACUGCGCAGAGAACGCCCCCAUCUCCUACGCUCGUCCCAAAAUCCACCCACGAGGUCAAGGACAAACAAUCCUCACCGAAGCCCGCCACCCCUGCAUGGAAAUGCAAGACGACGUCACCUUCAUCACCAACGACGUCUCCCUCACCCGCGACAAUUCUUCCUUCCUGAUCAUCACAGGCCCAAACAUGGGCGGCAAGUCAACCUACAUCCGCCAGAUAGGCGUCAUAGCCCUCAUGGCACAAAUCGGCUCCUUCGUCCCCUGCGAGUCGGCCGAGCUGACCAUCUUUGACUCGAUCCUCGCCCGCGUGGGGGCAAGCGACUCGCAACUAAAGGGGGUAUCAACCUUUAUGGCCGAAAUGCUCGAAACAGCCAACAUUCUCAAGUCAGCCACCUCCGAAUCCCUGAUUAUCAUCGACGAGCUAGGCCGCGGAACGUCGACCUACGACGGGUUCGGUCUCGCGUGGGCGAUUUCGGAGCACAUAAUCCAACAGAUCGGGUGUUUUGCCCUGUUUGCGACUCAUUUUCAUGAGCUGACUGCCCUCGCGGAAAAGUACCCGCAGGUUCAGAACCUGCAUGUUACGGCGCAUAUUACGAGCGACAGGGAUGUGAAGAGGGAGGUGACGCUGCUGUAUAAACUCGCUCCGGGGAUCUGCGACCAGAGCUUUGGGAUUCAUGUCGCCGAGCUGGUGAGGUUUCCGGACAAGGUUGUCAGGAUGGCGAAGCGGAAGGCGGACGAGCUGGAGGAUUUUACGAGUAAGCACGAGGCGGGGAGUGUCAAGUAUGGAAAGGGGGAUGUGGAGGAGGGGAGCGCGUUGUUGAAGGAUGUGCUGGUGAAGUGGAAGGAUCAGGUCAAGGGGGGGGGGAUGACGAAGCAAGAAAUGGUGGAGAGGUUGAGGGAGCUGGUCAGGAGCGAUGAGAGGUUGGAGGGGAAUCCGUUUUUUCAGAGUGUGAAGGCUUUGUAGGGGGAUGAUGGGUUCGAGGGAAGGGUUUCAGUGUGGACAUCAUAAGAUUUUGUAAUGCGUUUGCUUUCGGACACUGGCUGGGUUGGUCAAGGGUAGGGGAAGGGUUAUGGGAGUAAUGAUUUGCAUUUUGAGCAAUGGCAAAGAGGUUGUGUGUUUACAUUUUGCCAUGAGCAAAAGGCGGGGCAAGAGUCAGCUCAUAUGUUGCGAAAGACAACUUGAGAUAAUACACACCUUUUGCCAUCCAAUCCCAUGUCAUCACAGAGGCAUUUUCC